CAAACACAAUCUACAGCCUUCAUCCUAAAACCCAAUGCCCAACUCAUCACGACCAAUCUAACAAAAUGACAGAAAUGUCCUCGUAUGUUGUUGAAAACCCUAUUUUCGAGCCUUAUUACAAACCCAAGAAACAAUACAACAACUUGUACUCUUCGUUGCUCCCCAUCCCCUUAUCUAUAUUCAUCUACAUUUUGUGCUUCCACGUUCUCGACGUGUCUCCUUCGUCGAUAUUCAACAACACGAAGAUCUUGUUCAUCAUCUCCAACGCACUUAUCAUCAUCAUCGCUGCUGAUUACGGUGCAUUCACUGCUAGAGAAAAUCACGAUUUCUACGGAGAAUACGUGGCCGCGAUGAGAAACGAUGCAAGAGAAAACCCUAGACCGGAAAACGCGGGCUAUGGGGUGAGUUUGGCGGAAGAUAUCAAGAACCGAAGUGAGAAACAAGAAGAAGCCGUGGGAGCGAAAGUUAUACAACAUCGGUAUAUACCUAACAAGGAAGCUAAAGUUCCUGAGAGAACCGUACAAGUGGUGAGUGAUGAGAACCAACCGAAAAACAUAGCUAUCGAAAAAUACGAGUCAGUGACUAAGCCAAACAUUCAUAAAACUGCUACUAAAGAAGAAAAUUGCGACGCAAGAAAGCUGGUUAACUCUAAACCGUACGGGAGAAGCAAGUCGGAUAAGGCUCGUGGACGCGUGUCAAUGAUAACUAAGGAACGUCGUCAAGAGAUCAAACAUAGACCUAAAAGUUACGAUCGAAGUCAAUGGGAUAGCUCGAAAUGGAUGGUUGUUCACAAGGGGAAGAAGGCUGAGGAGAUGGAAAAGGCGACGCAGAAGUGGGAGAAUGUAAGAGAAGAGUCAGAGGAGUUCUCGAAGAUGUCGAACGAGGAGUUAAACAGACGAGUCGAAGAUUUCAUCCAUCGAUUCAAUCGAGAUAUCAAACGACAAAGUUUUUAGUCUAGUUUAAUUUAAUUUUGUCGUUGUACAAAUGCGGCAAAAUUUAGUCAACCUUUUUGUGUCAUUGUAUCUUGUUUAUCAUUUUUAUCUUGCCUUCUUAUGCAUUUUGUCGUUAGAGUUGGUAAUGAGAUCAUGGAGAUAAUCGUUAGUUUAAACUUCGAUGGUUGAAAAAAAUGAAAUUAGACUUUUAAAAAAACUUGUUGCCUACUGUUUUAUAUAAAUGGAAACUGAGUGUUUUGUUA